AUGAUCAGCAACACGAAAAUUGUUUUCACCAAGCUCCUCCUCUGCUGCAUCGUGUCAGGAGCCUGGACGCGGUCAUGGGCCAACCACCACGACACCACUACCUCAACCACACAAACAACUCCCACCACUAGUCAAGCACCAAAGAAUUUCCACAAUGAUCCACUCAUCGUCGAGACGAAAAGUGGCCUCGUCAAAGGUUACGCCAAGACAGUUAUGGGGAGAGAGGUACACAUCUUCACCGGCAUUCCGUUCGCAAAGCCCCCGCUAGGACCGUUAAGAUUCCGCAAACCGGUACCCAUCGACCCGUGGCACGGAGUACUUGAAGCCACAGCGAUGCCAAAUAGCUGUUAUCAAGAACGGUAUGAAUAUUUUCCCGGUUUUGAGGGAGAAGAAAUGUGGAAUCCAAAUACAAACAUAUCAGAAGACUGUCUCUAUCUAAACAUUUGGGUUCCGCAACAUUUACGAGUUCGUCAUCAUCAAGAUAAACCUCUUACGGAGAGGCCCAAAGUGCCAAUACUAGUGUGGAUUUACGGUGGCGGCUACAUGAGUGGCACGGCAACACUCGACCUAUAUAAAGCAGACAUAAUGGCUUCUUCCAGUGAUGUAAUAGUAGCAUCUAUGCAGUAUAGGGUGGGCGCGUUCGGAUUUUUAUACUUGAAUAAAUAUUUUUCGCCGGGCAGUGAAGAGGCUCCGGGAAAUAUGGGCUUAUGGGAUCAACAACUUGCGAUUCGUUGGAUUAAAGAUAAUGCGCGCGCUUUUGGAGGUGACCCCGAAUUGAUAACAUUAUUUGGUGAGUCGGCCGGAGGGGGGAGCGUGAGUUUGCAUAUGCUUUCCCCAGAAAUGAAAGGAUUAUUCAAAAGAGGAAUAUUGCAAUCCGGGACGCUCAACGCUCCGUGGAGUUGGAUGACAGGAGAGAGAGCACAAGACAUAGGAAAAGUUUUAGUAGAUGAUUGUAAUUGCAACAGUAGUCUUCUUGCCGCUGACCCGAGCUUAGUGAUGGACUGCAUGCGUGGAGUUGAUGCAAAAACUAUAUCAGUACAGCAAUGGAAUUCGUACACUGGCAUAUUGGGAUUCCCGUCAGCGCCGACAGUGGACGGCGUGUUUUUGCCCAAAGAUCCGGACACAAUGAUGAAAGAAGGCCAUUUCCAUAAUACCGAAGUGCUUCUUGGAAGUAAUCAAGACGAAGGAACCUAUUUCUUGCUCUACGAUUUCCUCGACUAUUUUGAAAAAGACGGACCGAGUUUUCUGCAGCGGGAGAAAUUUCUUGAAAUCGUCGACACUAUCUUCAAGGACUUUUCCAAAAUUAAGAGGGAGGCUAUCGUUUUUCAAUAUACGGACUGGGAGGAAAUUACCGAUGGUUAUCUGAACCAAAAAAUGAUUGCGGACGUGGUGGGAGACUACUUCUUCGUGUGCCCCACUAAUUACUUUGCGGAAGUGUUGGCGGAUUCGGGCGUCGAAGUUUACUACUAUUACUUUACCCAUCGUACCAGCACGAGUUUGUGGGGCGAAUGGAUGGGCGUGAUGCAUGGCGAUGAGAUGGAAUACGUCUUCGGGCAUCCAUUGAACAUGUCUCUUCAGUACCACACCAGGGAGAGAGACCUGGCUGCUCACAUCAUGCAGUCUUUCACCAGAUUCGCACUAACUGGUAAGCCACAUAAGCCUGAUGAGAAAUGGCCGCUGUAUUCUCGUUCGUCGCCUCACUACUACACAUACACUGCGGAUGGUACUAGCGGACCGGCUGGACCUCGAGGACCUCGAGCCUCCGCCUGCGCUUUCUGGAAUGACUUCCUCAACAAGCUCAAUGAAUUGGAGCACAUGCCGUGCGAUGGAGCUGUGACAGGGCCAUACAGCAGCGUAGCUGGCACCACACUACCCAUAGUGCUGCUGACAACGCUUGCCACAACCGUCGCGUUGUAA